AUGGCCGCGCUGUCGUCAAAGAUCGAGAUUGCGCACUCGAGAGGAACUGGGUGCGGCGAGGAAGAAGAGAGGAUGAUGAAAUUGAAAGCAAAUAUGGCGAUGAAAAAGCUUUUGAUCGCUCUGGAUUCACCGAUGGGUUUAUGGCAUUGGCUAAUUAGGGGCGGGAAAGGGAAGCUAUUGUCGCCGUUGUUUAUUUCAUGCGUGGGGCUUCUGUCAAACAUAAUUAGUACCCAGAAGAACUGGGUUGCCUGCUAA